GUCACUGGCGCUGAGCUCUGUGAUUGGCUGCUGAGUGCAGGUUCCUGAAUGUGUCAUUCAAGCAGCUGGAGUUUCGGAUGUGUUUGCAUCCGUUCAUGACAAACGAUCGCGCAUAGUGCAUCCAGACCUGCCCUACACACUCCGAACAGAAACCAGCUCCAGAGAAUGGCUCAGUGUGCAGCAGCAGCGGCGGCAGCCACCGGCGAGACGAAAAGGAAAGUGGCCAUCAUUACAGGCAUAACCGGUCAGGAUGGGUCCUACCUGGCUGAGUUUUCUGCUGGCUAAAGGUUAUGAGGUUCAUGGUAUACUCCGCAGGUCCAGUUCUUUUAACACGGGCCGGAUUGAGCACCUUUAUCAUAACCCUCAAACACACACAGAAGGAAGCAUUGGAUCCACUGGGUGUUACAUGAAGUUGCACUACGGAGACCUGACUGACAGCACGUGCUUGGUAAAGAUUAUCAAUGAAGUUAAACCCACUGAAAUCUACAACCUUGGAGCACAGUCUCACGUCAAGGUACAACUUUCUCCUCCUCCCAACCUCUUGCUUCCUUUCUCUGUAUUUCUCAACCACACAGAUGCUCUUUGUCUGUCGACUCUCAAACCCUCCUCCUGGACAGACACAAACUGUUUCAUAAUGACUAAGGUUUCUUUCUCGGUGUCUGAGAGGUGAACAAAUGGCCCCAUC